GGCGGCGCGGCGGCGAUGCAGAUGGCGGCGACAACCACGGACUCGCAGCUCGCCGUACCGCUCCACCACCCCCACCCGCACCCGCACGCGCAUCCGCACCCACCUCCGCAGCACGCGCACCCGCACCACCACAUGCCGCAGCCGCGGUGGGUCGUCAUCCCCUACCCGCCGCCGUCCAUGGUGGGCGCCCCGCCGCCACCGCCGCCGCAGUUCGCCAAGCACUACCCGGCGGGGCCGCCGCCGCCGCCCCCCGCGGCCGCCGGGCGGCGCACGCCGACACCACCCGCCGCCGGAUCCGGCGGGAACGGCUGCGAGGACAACAAGACGAUCUGGGUCGGCGACCUCCAGUACUGGAUGGACGAGAACUACCUCCACAACUGCUUCGGCCCCAGCGGCGAGGUGGUAACCAUAAAAGUUAUCCGCAAUAGGCAAACUGGGCAGUCGGAGGGAUAUGGUUUUGUAGAGUUCUUUUCCCAUGCAUCUGCAGACAAAGCUCUUCAGAAUUUUACUGGGCACGUGAUGCCUAACACCGAUCGAGCCUUCAAGUUAAACUGGGCAUCAUAUAGCAUGGGUGAAAAGCGAUCCGAAGUUGUCUCUGAUCACUCGAUAUUUGUUGGUGAUUUAGCUGCUGAUGUUACUGAUGAAAUGUUGAUGGAGCUUUUUGCUGGCAAGUACCGCUCCGUCAAAGGAGCUAAAGUUAUUAUUGAUGCAAACACAGGACGUUCUAGGGGCUAUGGAUUUGUUAGAUUCGCAGAUGAUAAUGACAAAUCUCAUGCAAUGACUGAAAUGAAUGGUAUAUAUUGCUCUACUAGGCCGAUCCGGAUAGGACCUGCAACGCCUAGAAGAACUGGUGAUUCUGGUUCCUCAACACCUGGGCAUUCAGACGGUGAUUCUACUAACAGAACGGUUUAUGUUGGUGGGCUCGACCCAAAUGUUAGUGAAGAUGAACUGAGGAAAGCAUUUGCCAAAUAUGGCGAUGUUGCCUCUGUUAAAAUUCCUCUUGGGAAGCAAUGUGGCUUUGUUCAGUAUGUCAACAGAACCGAUGCGGAAGAAGCACUGCAAGGAUUGAAUGGUUCUGUCAUUGGAAAGCAGGCAGUUCGCCUUUCAUGGGGCCGCAGCCCAUCCCACAAACAGUCAAGGGGUGAUUCCGGUAACAGGAGGAACAUGUACUAUGGCUCGCCGUUCUACGGUGGAUAUGGCUACGCCUCCCCCAUCCCGCACCCGAACAUGUACGCCCCAGCAUAUGGAGCAUACCCCUUCUAUGGUAAUCAGCAGCUAGUUAGCUAGAGAGAGAGAGAUAGGUUCCACUCCCUCCAAUGGGAAACAAGGUUUUGGUCUGAUGAGAGCAUAGCAAGGUAAGAGAGAGAAGAGAGAGAGAGAGAGAGAGAGAAAGACAGAAAGUGAGAGAGAGGGAGGUUAUAGGUCGUCCUAAAAGUGGGUGAGACAGGUGAAAGUGAAAAAAAGAGUGGUGUCUGUAUUCUGUAGUGUCUGUUGUGUGUAUGUGUCGCAAGAUCUAGUGCUCUAGGCUUGUAGACGCUGAGAGUCAUGGAUGGUGAUUCUUUCAAGAAAUUUUGACUUGCUAAUAAGUGAAACCACUGUUUGUGCCGCA